ACAGUAGAAACACAGACUUUUUACAGGUAGAAACACAGAAAUUACUUGUAGCGGAGACCGUUUAUCAGUUUCGUGAACCGUGAAAGGACGCGUGUAGAGUGCCACUCACGGGAAAAAGAGAAAAGGAUGAUGCAAAAACUGGCGAAAGAAAAAAAAUUCGUCGACAAAGAAUUUUCUCUAGAAACAGAUGGAGUGGAACGUAAGAGACCUCAUGAGCUCGUCGACAAACCAGAGCUGUUCAUCGAUGGCCCUAGCCACAUGGACGUGAAGCAAGAAAGCUUGGGCGACUGUUGGUUCUUGUGCGUUGCAUCAGUGGUUGCGCAGCACCCGCAUCUCAUCCAUCAGGUGAUACCAAGCGACCAGUGCCUUUACGGUAAUGAUUAUCAAGGUAUAUUGGUCUUCCGUUUCUGAAUUUAGGCCAGUGGAAACAUUGUUUAUAUAUGACGAGUACUCUUCUUUGUAACGAAAAGGUGACCUUAUCUCAGUGGGUGCACCAAAGUAAUGAGUUACUAGGCUACCUCUCUUGGAAAGAGCAUUCGCAAGGUUUCAUGGAAGUUACAGAGCUCUUGAGGCGGGGUGGCCAAGUGAAGCACUUUUAUGUCUCACUGGUUACAUUGUUGAUGAACAUCUAGACAUAAAGCUAAAUGAACGUCAGUUAUAUGAGUUAUUUUCAAAUGAAAUACAACACAAUUCACUCAUCGCCACCGGUACCAGUGAGCGCCGACGAGACACAAGGCAUCGCCGGCUAUCAUGCUUACUCCGUGACUGGUGCGUACACACGUGCUGCGGAGACUCUCUUAUCGCUUGGUGCGAGUGAGGAACCCGUGGGCCGAGCGUAGAGAUUCGAGUGGAAGGGCGCCUUGCAGGACAGAAGACCCGAAAUGGACAGGAGUAGAUGCAGAGACCCGGAAGAAAGUGGAAUUCGUGAAAGACGAGGAUGGGCAGUUCUUCAUGAAAGCAGCUCAUUUUAAAAAGCAUCUUCCUGAAUACACGAUAGCUUCCCGGUGCCCAAACUUCGGUGAUUUUUAUGGAACACCUGCUCAGCAAAUCUACAACUUCACCAACGUUUGGCCAAAAGGAAUUUCUCUAGAAGGAGAUGGCAUUGAAUAUGCAGAGAAUUUUCUGAGGAACCCGCAGUACCUUCUCACAGUUGAUAAGCCAAAUGAAAAAAGAAGAAACAAAGGUGAGGAAGAAGAUGAUGAUGAAAAUUAUCCAAUGUAUGAGUGGUUAUUCAUCUUGUCCAAGAUCAGCAUAGAACGAAAUAUGGAAACGAACAAUGUCUUACUUCUAUUACUGUUUUCCAGACGGGAGGCAGAUAUCCUGAUGAGCUGACCCUUGACAAUUUCGAAGAAUUUGAGCCACAUAGAGAUUCGACGGACUUUAAGGAAUGCUGCAGCGUCAUCGCCAGACUGAGACUCUCGGGUGGCAAAUACAUCCUUGUUCCGUGCAUUUUCAACUCAACAAAUGGCCGCCCAUUCUUUAUGCGGGUAUUCAGUAGAAGGCCUAUUCAAAUUGAACCAAUCAUUCAUGAAGAAUGAAUGUCAAUUUUUGUGCACGUUUUGUGAUGAAAGAACUUCAAAAUACAGUUUAAACCAAGGUCAAAUAUUUUUGUGUCUACCAAAUAGCAUUUUUGUUGUAUAAGAUUCAUUUCUAAUAAAAUUAUGAGAAAUCGUAAAA